GGAGCGGAGGCGGCUUGGCGGGAUGGCGCUGAGGAACAGCGUUUCCGGAGGGCAGAGCACCGUCCCGGCCUCAGAACUGACGCUCAGAGGGAGGAAGACGAGGGAGCGGCGCGCACAGCUUCCUGGGAAGAGCGAGCUUCCUGGAGAUAGGAAGAAGGAUAAUGGCAGGAAAUCAGACCAUGAUCACAGAGUUCAUCCUACUGGGUUUUCCCCUUGGCCCAAGGACUCAGGUAUGCCUCUUUGGGCUCUUCUUGCUGUUCUACACCCUCACGCUGCUAGGGAAUGGGAUCAUUCUGGGACUCAUCUGGCUGGACUCCAGACUGCACACCCCCAUGUACUUCUUCCUCUCACACUUGGCUGUUGUUGACAUUGCCUACGCCUGCAACACGGUGCCCCAGAUGCUGGCGAACCUCCUGAAUCCAGCCAGGCCCAUCUCCUUUGCUGGCUGCCUAACACAAACCUUUCUUGUUUUGACUUUCGCUCACACUGAAUGUCUUCUCCUGGUACUGAUGUCCUAUGAUCGGUAUGUGGCCAUCUGCCAGCCUCUCCGAUAUUCUGCCAUCAUGAGCUGGAGAGUGUGUGUCACCCUGGCUGUGACUUCCUGGAUGUUAGGAGUCUUUUUGGCCCUGGUACAUCUGGUGUUACUUCUACCAUUGCCCUUCUGUGGACCGCAGAAAGUUCAUCACUUUUUCUGUGAAAUUAGAGCUGUUCUCAAACUUGCCUGUAAAGACACCCACAUCAAUGAGGUCAUGGUUUUGGCAGGGGCAGUCUCUGUGCUAGUGGGACCCUUUUCUGCAAUUGUGGCAUCCUACAUUCAUAUUCUGUGGGCCAUCCUAUAGAUACAGUCAGGGGAGGGGCGCCAGAAAGCCUUUUCCACCUGCUCCUCCCACCUCAGUGUGGUUGGGCUUUUUUAUGGCACAGCCAUUAUUAUGUAUGUUGGGCCCCAACAUGGGAAUGCAAAGGAAAAGAAGUACCUGCUGCUAUUCCACAGCCUCUUCAAUCCCAUGCUCAACCCCAUGAUCUAUAGUCUACGGAAUAAAGAAGUCAAAGUCGCACUGAAGAGAAUGCUUGGAAAUGAGAGAACUUCCUAAAAGCUUGAUACAACAAAAAGAUAACUUGGUUUACAGGGCUCUUACAAGCUUCUCAUUCCAUACUUACAAAGGAUACAGACAUGCUUUAGGGCAUCCUUUCCCUCUUCUUGAUAUUUCCUGUUGAGCAGCUCCCAAGAAAGUCUGCUCGGUUCUCCUCACUCUAGCACUGAAUGUCAAUCCUGCACAAGUAACAAAAAUAUCUCCAUACUAGAUGUAUUGUGGGCACAGUUUUAAUGUGGUUAUGUGAAAUGUUAUGAGUAAGAGGAAAUAAAUUUGUAUAGUUUUAUAUCUGUACAUAAGAUGUGUUAUCAAAAUUAUAUGGAACAAAGCAAGUCAUUGGUAUAGUAUUUAUGAUAUAGGAAUUGAGAGAGAAAGGGUUUUCAGAUCACACCCAUGGGGGCCAACUUUGUGGCCCCGCAGGUUAAACUGCCAUCCCUGUGCAUGCAUCACCCAGGAGCAUGGGUUCAGAUUCUGCUUGCUCCACUUCAAAUUCAGCUCCCUGCUAAUGGACCUGGGAACUCCGUCAAUGAUGACCCAAGUGUUUGGCCUCUUCAAGCCACAUGGGAAACCUGGAGUAAGUUCCAGGCUCCUGGCUUCAGGCUUGCCCAGCCCCACCUUUGUAGCAACAUAGGAAAUGAAGGAGUGGAUGGAAGAUUCUCUCUCCAUCUGUUGGUCUCUUCAUCUUUUGGUAUAACACUGCCUUUCAAAUAAAAUAAAUAGACUUUAAAAAUAAAUAAAAGAUUAAUUAUACAUAUUAUAAGGAGCCUAGAUCCAGGUGUUGAAUGAACACAGACAACUGACUCACAAGGGAAGAAACCAAUUGUUUAAGUGUAGUGACUGAUAAGGUGGGUGACAGGAGCAGCACUGAAGUUAGCAUGUGGGGUUCCUGCAUCCCAUAUCAGGAUGCUUAGUGUUGUGUCCUAGUUUUGUUCCAGUUUCAGAUUCCUGCCUAAGCACACUCUGGGAGGUCUUAGGUGAAAUUCCAAGUACUCCUAUGUGGGAGACCUGGAGAGAAUUCCAAGCACCUUGCUGUCAGCUACCAGCUGAAGCUUUUGUAGCCAUCCAGGAAGUGACACAGGAGUUAGAAGAUCACUGUCAGUCUCAGUCUCUUAGAAUGAGUAUUAUCAGACAUACCAGAGCUGACAAGACUUGUGGAGAUAGAGAGAGAUGAUAACACUGGUACAAGGAUGGGGCCGGGUAAAUUAGUAAAACCAUCACAGAAAAUAACAAAAACAGAAAUAGAAUUAUUACAGGAUCUUCAAACACCAUUGCAUGGUAAAAGGAAUAUGAAAUCCCAGGGAGGUGUGCAUGGGAUCCACAGUCACCAUUGCAAACACAUCUGCAGUUCCACUUUCAAUUUAAGCAGUGUCGUUCAAAGAGUUCACACAUAUAACCCACUUAAAUUUUCAUGGAAGAAGGAAUCAGUAAUGGAAGAAAUGGACCAGGAACAAAGGAGACGUUGGAUCAAGGUCAGAGUUUCAGUCUGACAGGAUCCACAUGUUGAAGGAUCUACUGUACAGCACAGUGACAGCAGUUAAGAGAAUAUUGUGUCUACAGAAUUCCAAAACAGGAGACAAAUGACAUUCUACCAUGGAAAUGUGGAUUUUGUGAUGAUAAUGACAAUAAGUCUGACUUCAUAAUUUAACUCAAUAUACAUUUUUGUCAACACAUAUCAUUGUACCUCAUAUGUCUAUAUCCAAUUAUUAUUUAUCAAAUAUUUAUGAAAAUGAAAUGGCAACAAUGGAAAUCAUGAAGAUUCAGUUCUCUGAAUACUGGUGUUGUGUUUGCCAAUGUUUUAUGGAGAUGAUAAAUAAAGGCCAGUGUACUUAAGGCUAGGCAGCUGAAACCCAGGAGCAUGGAACUGCAUCAGUGUUCCCACCUUGGUGACGGGGCCUCCUAAUGGAUCCAUCAUCUACUGUCCAUACAAGUAGGGGAAAGUGUGUAAAUGGGCUCCAUCCAGCAAUCUGAUAUGCAGCCUGGGUGUCUCCCUAUCUAAUACCGAUGAAAGCCUACAAAUGGAUUGAUGAUGCCAGUCAGCAUAGACAUGGAGUGAAGAGCAGGGACUCUGGACAAAUGGUCUUUAGGACUGACUCUUCAUGCAGCUGUGAUUCAGCCUUAGGACACUGGUCAUCAUGCUGGAGCCACAGAUACAUCUCCCCAUGAAGUGGACUCCGGUCCCAGGAUGCACAGCCUCUGUGUGUACCACUUUCUGCUUUGCUGAACCACAGCGGGUGCAGAGGCUCCCACAAAACUCAAGCAAAACCAAAUCAGCUGCAUGUGCACACCCAAUACUUUCCAUUCAAUUAUUACCUGACUGCUAAUGUCCAGCGCAUUUCCCUCCUGAGUUCAAGCAGGGAGCCCCACAGGAGGGCCCCAGGAUCUAGAAGAUGAGGAAGUCCCUGUAGGCUUCCCAGGUGCCUGCAGAAGCUUAAGCUGAGACACAGCUGAGCUGCAAGUACAUUCCUGAGUGCUGUGACAUUCACACAGGGACCACAAACUGUUUCAGGAUUAAAGGGAAAAUGGAGAUCUGGUAUAACGUCUGUAGAAAGUGAGUCUGGAUCAUUCACAGUUUAAAAUAAGACAGUUGGUUCAGUUCGGCACACAGGCUACUUUGACAAGAGGAGAGGGAUGACUGAAAUAAUUGAGGUUAACAAAUCAAGACUCUGGCUUGUCUCUCUCUUGGUUUGAAGGGAAAACUAAAAUUGUCCUAAAGUCAGCAGUGCCCUGAGAAUGCUAUCCUGAGUCAGGCUGGACAACACUCACGAGGUCCCCAGAUAGUCCCAUAUCUCUGCUCCAGGUGACCACUGUCAUUGUUCAGAAACAUAAACUUGUUCAUAUAGGAGUUCUUCCUGUCAUAUCAAACUUCUCCACAUCAGUGAAGUCAGUGGCAGGGACAGAAUCAUCAAAGUAGAAUUCUUCCCUCAAAACUGUUACAGAAGAGGAAACCCCAAUUCCCUGACAGGAAACCAGGGCUUCCUCUCCCUUUGCUCCUGUGCUUGACCAGAAUCUGCGCUCCGUGCAUCAUCUGCACCCCUGGUGGAGCCAUGCGGCCCUGCAGGGAGGUGUGCGUCUGGGCUCAGCCUGAGGGCCCCUCACUGUGUCUCUAGGGCCAUGUCAGGGACUUUCAGACUGUUCAUUCGCAGAUACACAGUG